AUGGAUGCAGAAUUACUUGGUUUAUUCGAUUCACUCGAUGUACAUAAGAUGUAUUCGCAGUUCGAACCGCUGUAUAAAUUGUGGUGUGCUUAUUUUUCUUCUAUACACGAAUGUAAUAAUUCAGAACGAAUACUUAAAGCUGAUUAUCAUGGUUGUCUUCUAUUGGUUGUUGAAGCUGACAAUCCGUCACAGAUUGGUAUUUGUGGUAUAGUAGUUCGUGAAACUCGGCAAACUUUUAUGCUUAUAACCAAACAAGAUCGCGUGCUAACAAUUCCAAAACAAGGAACAGUAUUUCAAUUUGCUUUUAAAAAGAAAAUAUAUACUUUAUUUGGCAAUAGUUUCAGGUUUCAACCGUCUUUACGAGCAAAAAAAUCAAUGAAGAAUCGCUUACCAAUUCCAUAUUUUUUGAGAUAA